AUGGUAGACCCGAGGUACUCACGAGAUGAUAGUUCUCCUAGGCUCGGCCCAUCUUACGAGAGAGCUGAACGGCAGAAGCAAAAAGCCUUUCACAAUAGUAUAGAUGAAAAAUACCAAGCCCCCUCUGGUAUAUACAGAGAAUAUCAAGAGAAGCCUGACUAUGAAGACAGAGCCUCGGAAGAUUACAGAUAUAAUCAAAACAAAGAAUACAGAUAUCGAAGGAAUGAUGACUACUUACCUAUGAUGUAUGAGCGGGCUUCUUCUGCUGAGAGGUCUCCAAUAAUGGAGCAGUCGCCUUCACAAACACGAAAAGAAAACACAGCAAGAGACAGAAGAAUGUAUAACCAGGCAUUUCCAGGAAGACAGUUCAGAAGUAAUAGCAUAUCUGGGGGAUCUUUAUUAUCUAUAGGGCAAGAAAUAGAAAGAGACAAAAUGCUGGGGUUUCAUUCGCCCCCUAUUCACACUGCGCACAAUUCCCCUACAGAGCCAAGCCUUUCUUCCAUGGAUAGUCAUUCAUUAGAGAGGCAGAAGUCAUCUGCUGCGCUUUCUAGCCUUAGAUUCUUUAGAAAAGAGCACAUAGAAGAUUCUGGCGAAAGCGAAGAUGAUUCAUCCAAGCCAACAAAAGGCAGAAAGAAGAUUCGCAUGGACUUCAUCAAAGACAAAGGCAGAAGAGGGGUUACCUUUAGCAAAAGAAAGAAAGGAAUUAUGAAAAAGGCAUACGAACUGAAUGUGCUGACAAAGUGUGAGAUUCUUCUUGUAGUUGCAUCAGAAACAGGACAUGUAUAUACAUUUGCCACACCAAAAUUGCAGCCAAUCAUUAAGCAGCACGAGAAUCUAAUUCAGCAGUAUCUUAACACCCCCUAUACAAACGAUGUAAACAGGAUAUACGACACUCCAGAAAGAUUCCCACAAGACUCUGCUGGAUACUACAAAAACAACGACACAUAUGGUUAUGAUAGAAUUAUCCGCGGUAGCACAUACCCUCCUGGAUACUACCAAAAUGGAUACGAUGGGGACAGCUCCCCAGAGAAUGGGCCAAGGCUAUAA